CGCUGGGAGGAACCAUUCCCCUCGCCAGCCGACCCACACAAGACACAUUUGAGCUCAAUUCUCUCCCUCUCCUCUGCACAACCUUUCCCUCAGAUAUGCUCAACACAGAGCGGAUUCAGCACACUACAUCAGGAACUAAACGCGGUCCUCGAAAAGAGCACAUCUCAGCGAUGGCCUCUCCUGUGCAGCUGUUCAUGAGCUUGCCUCAUCUGGACUAGGAGUGGAAUUCAUCUGACACUCGCACGGACACAUACACACACACCACUAAAAGCAUAAACACACCGCGUAGCCAUGUACAGCGUGGAAGACCUUCUCAUCUCUCAUGGAUACAAAGUCCCACAAAGGAACAGCAACAAUGUCCCCGUCUCACAGUCGUCUUCCCCCCACCCUGCAACCUAUGAGAAAUGUCUGCCAUCACGAAGCGACAGCCGGUGUGAAAUCGCUGAGAAGCGGAAAGGACACAGCGGCGUGAAUGGCUACGAGGGGGACCGUGUUUACAGCGGUGGAGUUAUCAGACAAGCUCCUGCCAGGGGAUUCCCCGGUGACACUGAAAACAGGGUCAGGAAGCAGAGGACACAAGACGUGGACAACGGUAACCUAGGAGAUGGACGUUUGCCAGAAGACAGCAUGACCACGGACAGUGGGUUUUUUGAGACCCACAGAGGAAUACAUUCUCAGCCUAGAUCUGAGCAGGAUGUGUCCUACUGGCGGAGAAGAGGUCAGGACUUUAGUGUGCUUCUGGAUUAUGCAGACUUCAGGGACCCACGAGGAAGUGGAGGAGGGGUUCCCAACAAACCAGAGGGCAUGCAGCGGAGGCCAGAAUCCGCCUUGAGCACAGAGGAACAUAACCGUGAAAGACAACGGCGGGCAGACAGCGCACGUGCCAGAGAGAGAGAGAUGGCCCUCCACCAGUGGAGAAUUGCUGCUGAAAGAAAGUACCAAAGUUUGGGAACAGAGGAGUGGCGUCCAAUGACCAGCAUGAGCCGUCAUCCAUCUGAAAACGAGGUGGCACAGGAGCAACGUAGGCCACGAACUGCUGAAGGAGCCGUUCCAUCCAGAACCAAAAACAAGUCCCAGUCACUGCCCAGAAUGGCUCUGCAAUCUGAAAGUCACCAGUACUUUAGCAUACCAACUGCUGGACAAGAUUCAUAUGGGAGCUAUAAGUUAAACGGCCACCACACACGAGACCCUCAUGGACGGCAUCUUAAUGAUAAAGAGUGCAGGGUGCGGUGGACUGACCGAUCAGGAGCACAGUCCGCACCACUAUCAAAACCCAGAUUCAGCCGACCUCUCAGACCUCCAUCUUACGAAGUCCACCAGCAGAUGCGUGGGAGCGCAGAGAUGCUCACAGGGGAGCUUGUUCCUCGUGCCAGAGACAGAACUCCACUGCCCUUCUCAAGGCAAGAGUACUUUGUACAAGAACUUGGCGGUUCUGGUGUAGAGCCCCCUGGUUAUAUCCCUCCUCCAUCAUACAGGAGGCAGUCUGUAGUUAAAGGGGGUCACAGAACUUAUCCUAUUUCAAUGGCUAACCACCAGUAUAGAGGUGACCCAUAUAUGCAGGGCUCUGCCAUGACAGAAGUGCAGGAAUGGUUUAUCAGGCAAACUGGGAUGGCUUGGCCAGACCAUUACAGAGAUGGAAGAAGAAGUAUGCCCUGCAGGAGACAGGCGUAUCCAGGCUACAGUGAAGAACGGAUGGGUAGCAUUCAGUACAUUCCUUUUGAUGACCCCCGUGUCAGACACAUUUCAGGAGCAGGGAUGGAUGGGAACUCUUUAACGGAUGCAGACAAAAUCAGAAACAUCAGAAAUGAGAUUCCGGUCAACCUCAUAUCUGAGAAGUCUAAUGACAGUGCCUUUUCUCUCACAGAGAAACCCUUUGACCGCACUGAACCAAGUAAAAGCAAUAUUAGUGUCUCUGUUAAUGAGGACAGUAUGCACAAGGAAGCUUUGAAGGAGACAGAAAAUUCAAACACAAUACCUGACAAAAACUGCAACAGGCAUCCAGCUGCCCAUGGCAAUAUAGUUGCUAUUCAGAUGACAAUGCAACAAAACUCCAACUCAGACCAGGGUUUGAUUGAGACAGUGACACAAGUAAAGAAAUUUGAGGCAAAAACUGUGGCUGAGAACAAGAAAAACUCAAAGAAGAAGCUGAAAGAGACAAUGUUUUGCCUGGUUUCUGUCCCUAUUAGUAUGCAAGCAAACAAAAGUGUCUCUGACCCAAAUAACAAUCAAAAAGUGACUAAUUCAAUAGAAAACACAGUGGUGCAGCAUGACAACCAAAACCUUAUAAAAACAUCAAGCAAAGAGACACAUAUACAGUCCAGCAGCUCCCUGUCAAUUAAAAGUUCCCCUUUAAGGAAAGAGAUUGUAGAUACUAGGUCACUUGAUGCAAGUCAAGACAAUGAAUUGUUCUAUGCAGGAUCCUGGCCUGGAGAUCAGUACAGAAACCAGGAAACUCAGACGGGCUCUCCGGAAAUUUCCAGAAAUACCCAUCCUCCUGCAAAUGACCAUCCCUCUAGUUACACAAUCACUGAUAAUGAUGAUGGAACCGACUAUAGUGCCAACUCCGGAUAUCCCAUGAUAGGUCAAAAGGAUCUCAAUCCUUCCAGCAACAGUGCAUUCUCCAGAACUGGGACUGGAAGUAGUUCAAGUAUAAGGAGCCCGACUCUACCCCAGUCAGCAUCAAUUCCACCAUCUCCAGACCGUCAACCUUUGCUGAGAAAGACCAAGCAAACAGCAGAUGGUCAAGAAGUUUUUGGACAGUUCUUGCUAAAGCCAGUGAACAGACGAAAAUGGGAUGCUAUUGGGGAGCUUGAGUCUUUUAAUAAGGAAAUACAGGAUCAUACUGGGAAGUAUCCAAAUGUUGACCAGAAUAUAGAGGAGCUGGAUGAUGCAUUGAACAGUAUUUUGGAGCUGAGUGACACAAGCAGAGAGGUCAACAAUACAAAACAAGAAACCACCCCAGUUCACGUGAAGAAAGAAACUGUUCAGCACUUACAUAUAGUGCAGGUCACAGAGACACAACUCAAAAGCAAUAACUUAAAUGUAAUGUCCAAUUCAGGGAACAGAGGCCAUCCAGAAUACAAAGGAACAAAGGGUUAUUUGUCCAAGACAAAGGUGGACAGCCAUACGCAAGAGAUACCUGUCACCAAAACUGAUAAUUAUGUCAACUUUGAGAUUCUGCACAGUGAGGACACAGAUCCAGAGAUGCAUCGGCAGGAUAUCCCAGUGCCAAAAGAGUGUAUGCUUAAAGAUGUUGGUUUAACAGUAUACACUGCCGUUCCAGACACUGUGACCUCUGGAUCCCCCACAUGCCUGAGUCCUGAGUCACCAAUGUUAACCAGCCCUUCAGAUAACUCAGAGAUGUUUGAGACCUUGCAGAUUACAUCAUCAGACAGUAGCGGAGAUCUGAGCAGGCACAGCCCUGAGUUUGCCGAUGGUACUCAAAGCUUGAACAAUAAUAAUGCCUUCAACUCCAAAGCCCUCAAAAAGGAAGCUGGGAGAGAAAGCACAGAGGUUACUAGAUCAGGGAGGUCCUCACGCAUCCAUGUGAUCAAGAGUCUUCAUUGUAGGUUUAAGCCAAAUUUUGAGGAUGAUGAUGAUGACGAAAAUUUUUAUUCCGAUUAUAUGAGCUGGAGUAAUGAAAAGACCUUGGCAGAUGAACAUCUUGAGACUCUUUUGAGUCAAGAGAAGGCCAACAGUAUGCAGACCGAAGACCUUAGUAAUCUGUACGAAGUCCAGUGUGCCAAAGGCAUUCCUGAAAAUGAAUCCAUUGAACAAAGGGCUGCCAGGAUUCUCGGCAUUGCUGUGCCAGUUGAAGCCUUGGUUGUUGAUCAGGUUGAUGGCAAACCAGUAGAACGUAAUUUGAUAACCACAGAUGCUCCAGCUUUGGCAACACAAACCAAAGAGAUGCGCUUAAAUGAGGAGACGCAGAAUGCCAGUAGAGAGUUUGAGGAGGUACUAGAUAGGUCUAUGGAAAGUCAUGGAGACGUGUCAGAGGUAGGACUAGGAGAGGAGUCUGGAGAUUUACCUAGUGCUGAGAAGCACUGCCAGAGAGUCUCUUCUGUGUUGGAGCUGCCAGAGUUUCCUCCGAGUAACUUAUGCUUGUCGCUUCCACUGGCCGAGGAUGAGGAAUUGACUCUUAGUGUAGGUAAGGGAAACAAGGAGACAGUUAAUGCUGAGAUAACAGAAGCGCCACAGGACCAGUUGCAGGUUUAUUGCUCAUCUCCUCUGCCCCGCUCAUUCACAAAUGAUCAAGCAUCCCUGGAGUACGAUGUCUAUGCAAAAGAAGAAAGCUCUCAGUCAUUAGUGAGAACUAUCACCAGGAUCACCUUGGCCAAAGAGACAGACUUGGAAGAAGAGGGAGAACUAAAAGAAUCAACAAAAGUGGAUGAAACACUAGUGGAAGAGAACCAAUAUGGUGAGAAUGCAGUCGGAGAAAACAAAGACAUGACAAGUUAUAUGCAAGAAGAGGAUGAGGAAAGGGUUCAGGAGGAAGUGUUAGCUGAAGAGCUGAUACAAGCCAGAUCAACGCAGCAACCAAAGACUAUGGCACGUCCAAUCCCACUACCCCGUAGUGGCAUGGUAGCAAAGCGAGAGAUCACGCUGCCACAAGGAUUCAACAUGGAUAAUUCGAUGUCUGCAAUAGAGGAUGAUGACAAGCUGUUUAUUUCAGAUGGAUAUGACCCAAGUCAUGUGGAGAGAGUCUGAACUUAUACGGAUACGGUCAGAGCAAACCCUGUGACUUUUACUGGAAUACAGGCUGUAAACAAACACUCAUCUGAAACUGAGAAUGAUGUAGGCUAGAACCACUCAUAUUAAAAAUAGUCAGAGAAGUUUAUAAGCAGGCAGAUGGACUUCAUGUCACCUAUUAAGACUAUUAAUCCUGGGAAUUUCUAUGACCUGUUGAUGGCUAGAAUAGCUAAGAUGUCUAUCAAUGAGAUAUGAAUGUAUAAUGUAUAUCAAGUAAAGCUCAGAUAUUACACAAAUAGCUACAAAUCAGUCUGUAUAGACUUAAUAAUUUUCUAAAGUUUCUCUGCACCAGCAAAUGCUGGAGUUCUGUUGAGCUUUCACAGAACACAGGGUCAUUGUCCCAACAGCAACAAGAAAGACACAAAAGCUUGCACUUCUCAUUUUCUGCAGUAUUACCAAUGAGAGAAAGGAGAGAGGCCUUGAUGUAACAAAGCAAUGAACUGGACUGGCGAGGUAGCAGCUGAACCAGUGACAUUUCACUGUGCUUUUAAUCACAGAAAAAUAUUUUUGUAAGAAAUGUUAA